UGGCGCUGGGUGACUCGACCGAAGUAUCAAAGGUCGUUAGUUGAGUGUAGAUAACUGAUUUUUUUACAUCAAAACGAGCUCUUUAUUACAAUUUAUCUGGCUCGCAUUGUCGUCAUUCUUUACAUAUGCAUUCGUGACGCGAACUUCAUUUAAAAUCCUGCUAUAAGCUAAUGGAAGAAAUGAAUACGCGCUAUGGAGGUAGUGGAAUUAUUUAAUAGAUACAAUGACAAUUUUGGAUCAUAUAUCUUUUCAACAUGGAUUGGCAAAUUAUUCACAGAGUAUCAAAUGUCAAAAACUUUGUUUGUUAUUGUGGCAUUGAUUCUUUUGAUUUUAAUUGUUGUGUGUGUAAUUGUUCUGCGAAAAUGGAAGAACAAAGAAUUUCUCCCGGAAGUAAAAGAAUUUGUGGGUGUGGGUACAGGCAAACCAAGAUUCAGGAAAAGGGACAAGGUAUUAUUUUAUGGGAGAAAAAUGUUACGCAAAGUAAAGUCCAUUAGUGGGCAAGUACAUGCAACUGGACAGGGAAAGAAACGAAAGGCUGUUAUGAGAUUUGCAAGAAGACUGUUACAACUUAAAAAAGAUUCAGCUCCACAACAGUUAAAAGUUUUGGAACCACCUGCUGAAUAUUUGGAAGAAGAUCUAGGUCCUGGAGAUAGGGUACCACCAGAUGCUUUGUACAUGUUGCAAAGCAUUCGAGUAUUUGGUCACUUUGAAAAGCCUGUAUUCUUGAAAUUAUGCAAGCAUACAGAAAUUAUGAGCUUACCAGCUGGAAGCAGUUUAUUUAAAAUUGGAGAUCCUGAUGAAAAUUUAUUCAUUGUCCAACAAGGCUUGGUCAAUGUUUAUAUCACAGGACCAGAUGGUGCCCAAAUAUCGUUAAAGCUAGUAAAAACGGGGGAAUCGGUAACUAGUCUUCUUAGCUUCACAGAUGUACUUACUGGGCAUACAAGUACCUACAAAACUGUAUCUGCUAGAACUAUGGAGGAUUCUAUAGUAGUCAAGUUACCAAUGAGCGCAUUUCAAGAGGUUUUUCAAGAUCAUCCUGAUGCAUUCGUUCGAGUUAUCCAGGUCAUUAUGGUUCGCCUCCAAAGAGUCACCUUUACUGCUUUACACCAAUACCUUGGAUUAUCUGCUGAACUAGUUAACCAAGGAACACACAAAAAGAAACAGAGCCCAUUUUCUGGAUCGCCGGUCAGAUCGAGAACCAAGGAAAAUUUCAUGACACAGAAUACAGAAAAUCAAUGCUUUCCGCCGGCAUCCACCUCGUCGGAGCAACACGAUGGAAGUGAAAUGCUACAGCGCGAUACUUCUACGUUGAAUAGUCCUCCAUCUGUACCUAUUGUUAUAAAUCGACGGCCAAAGACUAAUCUUGAUUGGAAGAAUCAAAAUUUAAGCCCACAAUCGGAUCAGAAUGUAGCGAACAUGGUGCCAGAAUGUGAUUCCCAUUGGCCAAAUUCCUCGCCCGUAACACCGCAACAAUUAUACCACGAAUCGCAACAGGGAUCACAAGCGGAUGUUGUACAUACAGGCAGUUCUCAUCCGAGCAAAAAACGAUCAACCACUACAGAACCGAUUCAGCAGCAACUAGACGAAGCACAUCUCGUUCAAAUAGCUACGGAAGCAUUUGUUAGAGAACUUGGUUUAGAGGACGAGUCGAUACUCAAAGAUGGCAAGGUUCAAAUUAGAGAAGUACCCGCUGGAACUUACUUAAUGAAGGAAGAAUCUCACAAGGAUGUUGCUCUCGUCUAUAUCGUAUCUGGUUUACUAACUGUUAGUCAGCGCGUUUCAGAGGGCAGAGACGUAGGCCAAGAUGUUCACAUGUUUAGCGCUCAUCAAGGUGAAAUUGUUGGUGGAUUGGCUGUAUUGACCGGAGAACCUUCUUUUUAUACCAUCAGAGCAAAACAUCCCAGUCGUAUAGCGCUUCUUAGUAAAUCGACAUUCUUUGCCAUUAUGAGAGAACAGCCUACCGUCGUAUUACACGUGGCUCACUCGGUCGUUCGAAGACUUAGUCCUUUCGUUAGACAGGUUGAUUUCGCUCUCGACUGGCUAUUCCUUGAAAGCGGAAGAGCGGUGUACAGACAAGGCGACGAAUCGGACUCGACAUUUAUCGUGUUAAGUGGUCGCCUUCGAUCUGUAAUUACGUAUAAAAACGGGAAAAAAGAACUCGUCGCGGAGUACGGGAAAGGAGACCUAGUAGGUAUCGUAGAAAUGGUCACACAGACUCCACGAUCGACGACAGUAAUGGCAGUACGAGACUCUGAACUGGCGAAACUACCCGAGGGAUUAUUUAACGUAAUCAAACUUCGUUUCCCAAUAGUGGUUACGAGACUUAUAAAUUUACUUGGGCAUCGUAUCCUCGGCACUUGGCAACAACCGCGUACAAAGAAUGGUGGCAGUGAUAAACGACGAGCUGCUGCGACAGUCGACACGAGACCGGCUCAAGUAAAUUUCUCAACUGUUGCUAUAGUCCCGGUAUCCGAUGAUGUACCAUUGACUGCAUUUACGUACGAACUUUAUCACUCGUUAUGUGCUAUCGGACCUUGUUUACGCCUCACUUCGGACGUUGUCCGAAAAACACUAGGUAGCACUAUCAUGGAACCCGCGAAUGAAUAUCGUUUAACUUCGUGGCUCGCGCAGCAAGAAGAUCAACAUCGAAUUUCAUUGUACCAGUGCGACCCGAUAUACACACUGUGGACUCAACGGUGCGUUCGACAAGCUGACUGUAUUUUCAUUGUGGGUUUGGGAGAUAGGCCCCCUUCUAUAGGUAGAACCGAACGCGAGAUCGAGCGUUUGGUAAUGAGAACGCAAAAAGAAUUAGUACUAUUGCACAAAGAACAGAGUGGGCAACGGCCUACGAACACGGUGCAGUGGUUGAAUAUGAGAUCUUGGAUUUCUAGUCAUCAUCAUAUACUAUGUCCUAAGCGAAUGUUUACAAGAAGGUCUCAAUAUAGAAUUAAUGAAUUGUAUUCCAAGGUUCUCAUGUCAGAGCCAAAUGUUCAUAGCGAUUUCAGUAGACUCGCUCGGUGGUUAACCGGAACAUCGGUUGGACUUGUGCUUGGAGGUGGUGGUGCUAGGGGUGCAGCUCACGUAGGAAUGCUCAAAGCGAUCAUCGAAGCCGGUAUACCUAUAGACAUGGUCGGCGGUGUUAGUAUUGGAGCAUUUAUGGGUGCGUUAUAUUGCAUGGAAAAGAAUAUUACGACGACGACUCAGAAAGCUCGCGAAUGGUCUAAGAAAAUGACACAAUGGUGGAGACAGAUAAUGGACUUGACGUAUCCGGUGACAUCGAUGUUCUCUGGAAAAGAUUUUAAUAAAACGAUUCAAGCAACGUUUGGUGAUACGUAUAUAGAAGACCUGUGGUUACCAUAUUUUACGAUAACUACAGACAUCACUGAUUCUUGUAUGCGUACGCACACACACGGUUUGCUAUGGAGAUACAUUCGAGCCAGUAUGACCAUUGCGGGGGUCUUUCCUCCUAUUUGCGAUCCUCUUGACGGGCAUCUUUUGGUCGAUGGGUGUUAUGUUAAUAACGUGCCAGCUGACGAAAUGUUGAGGCAAGGAGCACACCAUAUUUUGGCCAUUGACGUUGGCUCGCAGGAUGACACAGAUUUAACUAAUUACGGAGACUCUUUGUCCGGUUGGUGGUUGUUGUGGAAACGAUGGAAUCCUUUCGCAACGCCUGUUAAAGUUCCAAAUUUGCCUGAUAUACAAUCGAGAUUGGCGUACGUGAGCUGCGUGCGACAGCUGGAAGAAGUGAAAAGCUCUGAUUAUUGUGAAUAUAUCAGGCCACCGAUAGAUAAAUAUAAAACUCUUCAAUUUACUAAUUUCGAUGAGAUUAAAGAUGUUGGGUAUCAACAUGGAAAGACUUAUUUCGAAGGACAAUCAAAAGCGGGAGUUCUUCCACGAUUUAAUGCCGAUAGAGAGAAUGCACGAGCGUUGCGAGCUAAACAUCAGGCGUCGAGUCAGCAACCUGUGUCUUCUUACACAUUUACAGAUUUAGCUCAGAUGGUGUGCAAAGUUUCUAGAGGAAGUCGAUACACAGAUCUGGACAUGGAUUCUGAUACAGAUGAAUUAGAAGAAUACGAGGCAGAUCUAGAGGAAGAUGCGCAAGAAGUAGGUUAUGCCUCAGAACCCACUGCCGGUUUUCUAGAUCAGAGUCCUGACGAAAAUCAUCUACGACGGAGAAAUGGUGGUUCUUUGAGUCUAUCAGACACAGAAGCAGAGUCAGAACUAGAUUACCAUCCAAAAAUAUUUUAGACCCUUUACUCACUCUUACUUUAAGAUAACAUAAUUUGCGUGUCUUACGAUAUGUGACCGUACAUAACACUCACACAUUCAUUUGUACAAAUUAUUAUAACUCUACAAUCAUGCAUAGUUUUAUGAAAAAAAAAAUGUAUUUAUUCUAAAGUACAAAAAAUAUUCUUAAGACAAAAUAUUAUGAGUAUUUUACCAUUAUCAUCAAGAUAA